GCGCUUAAACACCGAGGUCAACCGAACUGGCGGUUCCAGCUCAGUACUGCACCUGGCCAAGGCCAGGUCUACCAGUGCCUACCCAGCCAAAUCCAAUCAACCCAAAAAAUGCACAACUACCUAACAUUCAAAAUUUAGCAUCAGGCUCUUAAUUCCAAUUUUUUAAGUUUUAACCACUCUCCUUAGCCUAAAACACAAAUGCGUAAUCGGGUGCGAAGCUCCAUUUUCUCUCUUCAUUGCUUGCAUCGAUUACGAAUCUCAAGCAUUUCAUCACUUGAUUUCCCCUUUAUUCCUUGACUUGUGAACUGGAAAAAAAAUUAUGGGUCUGGCUUCUGUUAACACUGUAAUUGAGGACAUGCAAAUUUGUAUAUUUGAUUUGAGAAGAGGGCAAGAAGAAGGGCGGGAGCUGGACAAGAUCUUGUUCUUCUUUCCAGCUGAUUCACCCUCCUCAAAAAAGCUUUCUGUUAUAGGGCUUGGUGAAGGACUCAUCGCAUUUACCAGAAUUUUCUCUCCAGAAGCAGCUUGUGAGGUCAUAGAAGCUGAGAGGCACUCUCAUGUUUUUUAUGAGGCAGAGCCUGAUAUCUGGAUGGUGAUGAUGAUAGAGAAAAGUGUGGAGUCGGAAGCCACAUGGCGGAUUGAUGCAUUGAGAGAGAUACUUCAGGAAGUUCACUCUCUUUUCAUGAUGUUUCAUGGUUCUAUAAGAGCAAUGCUUGAGAAUGAACCUACUGGAGGACUAGUUCGCUCUCAUUUGUACCCUUUCAUCAUGGAUUAUCUAAGUGAUUUUCUUGUUGGGAAAAAACUCCACUUACCUUCAUUUCGUGACUGUUUAACAAGGCGCAGAACCGUACAGAUGCUGACUGUUGGGAGGGAGGCUGCAAUUGAAGUUCAGUUGCUUGUGAGGAUACUGGAAUCUUGUGCUGGGACAACACCUUGUCACUCAUUGAUUUUGUUUCAGGACUUGCUUGUGUCCACAACAAUUUCUGCAGAUGACACCAUAAACUUAUUUGCAUAUUCUGUUCUAAGGUUGACCCCUCGUGCUCUAUCCUCUGGAGUAAGUUCCUGGUCCUAUUUACUCAAAGGAAAUACCGUGUCUCACAUAGCCGCAGCAUCUACCUUGGCCCAUUAUGGCUCUGCUUCAGAACAUCUUUUUCAUUCGCAUGGCAAUUCUCCUGGCCAAGACAGCAGUUAUAAUGUUAAAAGACCCUUAUGGCAUGACAAGUGGUCUAAAGGGAAAGAUGGUUUUCUCGUCACUGAUGUUUGGGGAAGGGAAAUGGAUAGCAUGAUUUCUGCCACCCCAACAAUUUGGCUUCAAGAGACUGAAGAAAAAGUAUAUCUCUGUGCUUAUCAGUAUAGAGGCCUUACCUUAAUCAUUCUAAUUCCUGUUUCCUCCAUUUCUAAUGGGGAGCAAGGUGUUUCCCUGUUAAAGCGGCAAGUUCUUGAAAAUGCAUCACUUAAGAUCUUGAAAGUUGAAGAGAAACUAUCAAAGGGAUGGGGCGGAGAGAAUGCUUAUCAUGUGAAGGGCUAUCGCUACUUACUGGUUGAUGAUGAUAGGAAUACAUCAAGGGCUUCUCCCCCAGUAAAAGCUUCAACCCUGACAAAGGAAUCUUUACUUGCCAUGAGCAAGCUUAGAGAGGAGGUAGAUCUCGAAAAAAGAAGAGGAAAACUGGAUAGCACAGAUCACAAGAAAAAUUUGGAAAUAUGCAUUAGAGCAAAAAACAAUGCCUGGGUUAUUGCUCACACUAUGAGAGGCAAGGAGCUUUAUAUGGUUCUAGAAAAAGCCAAUGAAACACUUCUUUAUGCCUCUGAUGCUGUUGAGAAGUUCAGCAACGGGUAUUGUGGUGGCACCUUUUCAUUGGAUUAGGAAUCGUACGUUCAUAUUUGUAAGCAUAUAAUCCAGAGUAGGGAAACUGUAAUCGUCUCCUGCAUUACAGGGACGCGUAUGUUCGGCAAAUGAACUUCUGUUUCUUCCUUCAAUCACUUCCCACGUGUUUGCGUGGGGAGGCCCUUUAGAUUUUUGUAAAACAGAAAAUCUGCACUAUUAAUUAUAUGUACAAGGCAAUGACUAAUCCGAACAUUUUGAGA